AUGAGUUCAGCCUACGCGUAUCCAGGUUAUACAAAUAUGCCAGCUCCGUCAGAAAAUGUAAUUCCGCAACAACCGCCAAGAGUUUACCGACUCGAAGUAUCGCAACAGCCAAUAAGGGCGAGAAUGUGUGGGUUUGGUGAAAAAGACCGACGCCCAAUAGAUCCUCCUCCCGUAGUACGUCUUAUCAUGACUACACCCGAUGGCAAACCAAUUCCCGAGAGGUAA